CUUGCACCAAGAUUUGCUUGCACACAAUAACUUGCCGGCGCUAAAUUGUCUAGGUUCAAAGCCACGUUAACACAUCUUUUAUGCUCCUUUGCGAUGUGCUAAAAUGCUUCAGUCUUUAUCUUUAUAUUCUGUUGUCUCAUUUAAAUUUUGAUCCGGAGUCUUGUGGGUGCUUUUUUGAUUGCUCUUCGAAUUACUUCCGUAAUGGAAGGUUACUAGUCAAGAGUCCCUCUCACACAGGUAAUUUUACAUUAUUGAAAUUGAACAAUUUCCUAUGUACACCUUAAUCUUGCUUUCCCAAUCUGCAUUUAAACUGCAUUAAAUUUUAGUUUCAGGGUUUGUUUGUGUUUGUUUUACCCACAGUUUUAUCAAAAUAAUGCCAACAAGAUCGCUUUGGUUCUUUCUGGUUCUCCUGCUUGUUAUUUCGGAUCAAGCUCAAGGUUGGAGGAGGCGUCGUAGGCGACGCUGCCCAGUUACAAAUUGUGUGGUGAGUCGCUGGUCGCAUUGGAGUGGCUGUAACCAAGGCUGCGGAUCGACUGGAGGCCAAUGGCGAACACGUUAUGUAGUUAGGGGGGCCACCUGCGGUGGAUCAUGCCCUUAUUCACUCAGUCAAUAUCAGGCGUGCAAUGCGUGGUGCUACAAUGGCGGAACUCCCCAAGGAGGAGUGUGUAGUUGUAAAAGUGGUAACAGUGGAAAGUGCUGUCAAGGAGGUAAACAUUAUUUUAAAAGAUUGGAGACCGAGCGAAAAAUACUUUAAUCCUUCAAGCCCUAAGAUUGAUCAGCAUCAAAUUUCUCCUUGUAAUAUAUCAAUGCUGUAUAAAACAGGGUGGUCAUGGGAAUUACGGACAUGAUCCCACAAGGUGAAUUUACUUGAUAUUUUAUCAACUUCUCCCCCCUACUUUCGUGGGAAAUUAAUGGGGGCAGCAAAUGAAAAUUCAAAUUUUGAUGUUAGGGUUUAAAGGGUUAACGUCAUCUUGAAGCACUAAGCAAAAGUCACUUAUAAAGUCCUAGUUCUUUGUUAGGUCUCUUUUUAACUCUAACGCAAAUUUUUACCACAAAAUAGGGUUAAGAUACCGUUAGAGUUCGCUGAAGUAAUAUCCUGGGAAACAAGUAUUUGAGAGCGCUGGAAAGGGAUAGCCUGAUAGGCCAUCCAACUGUUCUCGCCUUUUUUUUGUUGUUGUUGCUUGUUUGAUAGUUUUUCUUGUCAUUUUCGUUUUUCGAUCAUUCGUCCGUUUUAUUUUAAUUUUAAAGUUAACGGUGGUUGGUCUAGUUGGGAUUCAUGGAGCAAUUGCAGCCAAAGCUGUGGAACUGGUUAUCAAGAACGUAAUCGGACUUGCACAAAUCCAAUUCCUAAAAACGGUGGAACACCUUGUGUAGGGUUAUCUCGCCAAUCUCAAAUAUGCAACACGCACGUUUGCCCAGGUGAGGAAUACUUUUAAUUGUUAUUGAAAUUUUACUUCAUGCGUGUUUAAGUUUACCCUUCAAGAGAAAAAAUUCAGCUACGAACAAGAAAGGGAAAGGAAAAUUUCUGAAGCGCCCGUGGCUGCAAAACUGAAAUAGUUUCAUCUAAGAACAGAAUUCUGUUCAUUAUCUUCUUUUGUCAGUUUAAUCUUGUAUGGAUGAAGGGAUUUAUUCGCAAUCGAUUGCCGAAAGAAAAAAUGGCUGUCGACUGUCUUGAACAAUGAUGCUUUGUGCUCACUAAUGUUUAGUUCCUUUCCACACUUUCUUUGUUAGUGUUUGUUUUUAGAAUAUAAUUAUUGAAGUGAUUAUGAUAGAGAUUUACAGGCUGUUAUUUGCUGAAACUGCUGAUAUCCGCCCAAUAAUCAAUCUCAAGUUGACUAUAGCGAAGCUUAUACCGAUUUGCAGCAAACUGGGUAAGGUUGGAAACUGGAGCACGGUUUCUGAAAAAGAAAAGAACACAUUGGGAAAAAAAAUCAAUUUCGAGUAGCUCUUUAGCACUUCUCUCUAUUAUUAAGGAGAUAACCGAUAUAUAUUUCAAUGAUAAGCACGGACCCUGGUUAUAGUGAGGAUUAUAAUCAUACUAAUAAUUUAAUUAUACUAAAGUACGUUAUUCAUCUAACAAAAUCUCGACUAAUAUUGUAGACCUUUACUUCUUUCCUGCUCUGUAGUGAACGGUGGAUGGUCAAGUUGGGGUAAUUGGACUUCCUGCAGUAAAUCCUGCGGAAGUGGGUCUCAGCAACGUUCCAGGAGCUGUACAAACCCAACUCCAAGCUUUGGUGGUAAAAGCUGUCAGGGGGAAUCAGAAGAAAGAUACAUCUGCAACACUCAGCCCUGUCCCGGUGAGAAAUACUGUAUGUUAAGGAUUGCGUUGCUUUUUGUGGGCAGUGAUAGUGAAUAGCAAUUCAUGAUAGUUCGAUUUGUUUCCGAAAGAAGACGUUAAACAUUAUUUAAUCUGAAUCUAAACCGCCAUCGUUAAUUAUUUCAUUUCUUCCGGUCUAUCUCUUAUAACAAGACACUCUAAAAGUUGAACUCGAGCUUGCUUGGACAUUAGAUACGAAAUGAGGAGGAGAUAAAUUCUUAAGGAUUUGAGGGGGCGUAGGUUACGUAGUAAAUAUUGACUGCCUUAUGGCUAAGUAAGACUAUUAAUAAAACUUAAACUGGAAAAAUCUAAAGUAAAAAUUUCCAAUGAUGUCUAGGCAAUAAUGAUGUAAUAUCUUCCUCAAUCAAAGGCAUUGCCACCAGGCAAAGAUCGAGAACGACCUUGCGAAUCUACGACACCAAGGAAACAUCAAUGAGGACGUCAAUAUAAUAAAUAGGAAAAAAAAUACACAUUCCCCAGAAGUUUCCAUUGGACAUUAAGUGCUGUGCAAGUAAAGUUCUGAAAUCAUUGAUAUCUCAAGUACUGGUUAUAAAAUGUAACGCGAAUCACAUCUUACCAACUGACAACUGCAAAAAAGCUAGCAAUUAAACACAUACAACAGAGUGAAUAUGCAAUAUCGAAUCUAUUUAACCGUAGUGUUCCAGUAAUUGCGUCAAUAUUCUGAGAAACCUAACGCCCCAGCCAUCACCGCUAUAACAUUUUCAUGUCCUACUUUAUCGACGGUCGAGUAUUGUUCAGCAUAUUUACCUUUCAAUACGCGGACAGAAAAAAUGAACCGACUCAUCGUUUUCCUUAAUGACUUCUUUCCGUUCGUGGUGUAUUUAGACAUUACGUUUCUCAGAAUAUUGACGCAUUAACUUCAACACUUUUCAAAGAAGCAGUACAAGCGCGUAAAAGCUCGACUUGAUGUUGCACACGUAUUUACCAGAUACAAAGCUCCAAGGCGGUAUAAAAAGGUCUUGCAAAGUAACUUUAUUGUAAUACUUUCUGGCUUUCAUUGUCUGCAACCUGAUUGUGUGCUGUUUGACGGGUCUAAAUAACGCCCAACACUUACCGCGAUAAAAUAGAUCCUGAUAUCUUCCAAAUUGAAAUUAUACUUAUGACUGAUUAUAUCAGUCAUUUUUACUUAAUUACUUCCACUCUAACUUGAAUUUCACGCAAAAUCAUUUUUGCACGCGACAUCGAAACCCGCACCCGCGUCAUCCAAAUCGUACCGGCGACUUUCAAUCCACACCCGCGACAUACAACCCGCCACCCGCGAUCCACGACCAUUAGUUAACCUCUCAAGCAAUGAAUGCAUUUUCCUUUGCUUUCUUUCUUUCUCUCUUUCUCCCAAUUUUUUUUUUAGCGCGAUGUUCAUCUCUAAAGGCGCCACAGUUCGGGUUCAUUUACCCUCAUUUUUGCUCCUCAAAUCCGAUCAGCGGAACUGUUUGCAACUUGGGUUGUAAGCACGGAUUUAAAAGAAUUGGUGGUGUUAAUGAAAUUAGAUGUGGAAAGGAUGGAAAAUGGAACAAAAACGGAUCUUCAGUUAUGAAGUGCUUAGGUAUGUCUGGUUAAAGACAUAAUACGUUAUAACAUCAUACAGUAUAAGGAUUAACAAUAAUUGCCCCCGCAGGGAUUUCGCGCUGAAGUCGAAAUUCGCAGGAGGCACUGACUAGUAACUCGCGCGUAUAUAAAGGAAAGUACUUACAGUUGAAAUAUAGAGUCAGUAUGCCAGGAAAAAAAAUCUCGAUUUGCUUGAACAGGAGCCGCGAGGAAUCGGUAGGUAGUGAUGACGUUCUCUAUUUUUCGUGCCCUCAAGUAAGAGAUGGUUAGGUUGGCGUAAAACAGAAAAUCCCGAAGGGACUGCAUCGGUAGAUUUUGUGACAUUUAUUGUACGGUCAUACUAAGAUACUCUACUAAGAUACUCUUUAGCCGGUUACAUGUUAUUAGGUGAGAUUCUGUGGAGCAGCUGUUUUGAAAGUGAUGGACCAAAAUUAAAGACACUCGUUAAGCAGAGAUGAAGUUACAAGCUGUAUAUAACUGUAUAUAUAACGCUUGGAGAGUUUACAAGACACGAGUUCUCAAAUCUUUGAUUGGAAACAAUCGGCAAGACACUCUUUCUCGAUCUCUUUGGGGGAAUAAGAAUCAGUCCCAAACAAGCGAGACGAGUGAAUUAACGGCUAGAUUAUCAGUAGCAGAACGAUGGACGAUUACAGAAAUUCACAGACAAUCAAAUUCUGUGCUGACUUAUUCCCUGCUCACAGAUGUCCUCCAGGGGGUAAAGUUUUAAAAAUGGCUAGAACUCGCGAGCGUGAAUUAAUCAUGAUGCGAACCUUUUAAUUUCUAAGGCUUGCUUUCCGGCAAAUAAAAUGAACUGUUUGUAAAAAGCGAAAGAGAAAUACUAACCAAAAAUUCCAACUUAUAAUUAUAUAAAUCUUUUCUAAUGGUUUAGAAUAAACUUUCCUCGAAACUGAGAAUGUUUUCACAUCAAAGCUGUGUUAUGGAAUAUGUGCGAAAUCUUUAUAUUUCAAAGAGCAACGACAACACAACGACAAAGAAUACUAUUGCCCGACAAUAUACAGAGCGGAGGCAGCUGUUGUGUCAAUUAUUACUAGUAAUUAUAAGUGGUGAAAACGAUACGCAGUGGAUAGCGUUUUUUUUCUUUUGCGCGCACGUGGCUACUCAAACUCGGAAUAUCCACCGUUAUUCACCUCGGAGAGACCCGCAACUCUCGUAAGUUAAGGGAAAAAUGGCAAAUUGAUUCAUGCGUUGUCAUACUCACAAAUUAGCUUAAACUAAGUUGAAUCAUAGUUUACAGAAUGAUUUUAAAUACAAGAAGAAUUCGCAACUUCUUUUAACGAAGAAACUUUUCAGGAAGAAAGAGCUAAACAAAUGCCUUCUAAAGUUUUAUCUCUUUGCAAUUGUUGUUGCUGUUUUUUGAGUUGGGUCAUUUGCGUGCCAAAUAAAUAAGUUAAAAGCAUCAUUUUUGUGCUGAAUUAUCUCGCUAUUUUAGUAUUAUACUAAAACAGUUAAUUACCUCAGUAUAACAGGAGGGCAUUUUGCAUGCGCAUGCGUGAAUCCGCUGAAUGACAGUAGCGUGGGCUCAUCAAAUCUGAUGGCGGGAAAUCGAAAACUCGCGCGUAAAGUUACAGUCCUUUUAAAAGCCAUUUCGUUGGUGCUUUGAAUACCGCACUUUCCUUCAAAAAAUAUUCUCCAUCACAAAAAUCAGACGUUUUCUACGCGGGUUUUCACUUGUAGAUUUUUCAGCAGUAGGUUUCCUUGGCCUUUUAAAGACUUUCAAGACUCAACGCCAAAAAGUCAUGUUCCUGUAUAAGUCUGAUUUUCACUGGCAAAGCAAUGCAUUUCUAUGGUUUGAUUUCCAAACUCGUGGUUUUACACAUCAGGGAGGAAAUGCAUCGUAGCAAUGUUCAGCUGUUUUAGGGCAAAAAGCGAAAAAAAAAAUUACCACGUAAGGUUUAUUUAUUAGCGCGAUGUCUCAUGUUAAACUGAUCGCGAAGACAAGCGUUUAUAUAUGCCACAAAAACGUGAAAUCUAUGGGGUUUUUACAGUUUUUUGAAAGUUUUCGCGGAAAAAUUUAUAAAAAAUAUUCUAUAGGAAAUGAAGAAUGGACUGAGCUUGAGACAGAAACAAUUACAAGUGAUUAGGUAGAACAUAAUCACUUGAGCAUUUCUAAGCUCAGUUGCAGACAAAACGAAUGCACGCAUACUCCGAAAAAACGAACAGUACUUUUAUUUUUCUUUAACUCUAUAGAUACAAAGAUUUUUCCUAAGCUACUAUUUUGAAAGUACUCUUGAGUGACAGCUCCUGUGCUCCACAAUCGAUUUCUUGUUAUUAAUCUGUAUUUGAUGACAGUAGUGAUCCAUUCAAAACAGAGAAUGGCCAUCACUCCAUAUAAAUCUAAAUGACGAUGUUGUUCACCUUCAAAGCCUGUUUGAACAUAAGAUAGGAAGUUUGUUAAAGGGGUGCAUAUAAUGCUGUUUCCUCAAAAAAUAAAUACUUCUGCUAAAGGACCCAAAUGAGCUGGGAUGCGACAACAAACAUGACACAAAUGGAUGGAUAAAUUUGUCUGUUCUUAAUGUUUCUGUUGAGAGCUUUUUACUGUAUCCAGAUGAACCCCUUAUGUAAGUUGUACAUCAUGGAAGAAUUAUCAAGCAGAAACUGAUGUACUAAACAAGAAUGUGGUUCAAUACAGAGGAGAAGCUGGUCUCAGUCAACAUCCUUCGUGAAUGAAAUGUCUCACAAAUUAGCAUAUCAACAAAUGUAGUAUCCACAAAAUGGUAUCAUUUAGGAAUAAAUGCGAUUUUUUGGCAACAGAAGCCAGGAUUUAUUUAAAAGGUGUAUUGAUAACGUUUCAUUUCGUGCUAUUUUGGGGUUGGGGAGUUAGGCUAGAUUUUCUUUAAAACGCCAAAAUGUUAUAUUUAUUUGCAUAAUGAAAUGUAAACAAACAGUGUACCAUCAAAAUAUGGUGGAAAAAAAUCAGAAUUCAAACCGAUUGCUGUAAUUUUUUUCCUUUGUAUAACUAAAUGAUAGAAUAUUCUUAUUUUCAAAACACAAUCUUACUGGCAUCAUUAUAUUGAUUUAAAUUUAUAGUUGAAGUGCGUGUAUUUUAUUUCUCAACGAAGACGUACCGGAGAAGAAAGCUAAAAUUAUUACAGAAGGCGAUUUUUCACAGCCUUCAUCAAAGCGCCCUUCAUUCGCGGAAGUAUUCUUAGUUUCAUUAAUCAUUAACUUAAUCUGGGGAGAAAGGCAAGAUUUCGAGAUAAACAAGCCAGAGAAAGGGUGAAAAACAGUUUCAGGGCAGAAUGGACAUUUAAUUAACCACUGUAUUCCUCGAAACGAUUAAGUUCGAUUUUAGAGUUAUACUAUUGAGAAGAAUUAAGUAUCUAUAGGAUAAUUGUUCGACGAAAAACUAUCAUACUGACCUUUUCCUCCUGCUCAAAAAAUGUGCGCGAAAUGUUAGGUGGUAAGAACAUUCAGCCGCCAUCUUGUCUUCGAUGUACUGUUUUGCGAAAGGAAAGACUGUCCUCUCAAGGGCGACAGCGAGGCUACAAUAAACUCACUUUCAUCGUAAAAAAAUACCACGAUACCUUAAAGAACACGUCUGAGGAACGUAGCACCCAAUACACGUCAUUCAGCUCCAGAAAACAGCCUGCAAAUGCUGGUACUGAACGUAAACAAUUCACAGAAAAUGCCUCUAUGGCACUUCAACAGCCCAUAUUGACGCAUGCGCAUACAAAAUGCCCUCCUGUUCCUCAGUAUCAGUGACCAGUGGUGCGUCGUGCAUAUCCAGCACCCACCACCUCCUCUUUCGUCUGUCAUCUAUAAUUCCAAUGAAAUUUUGUUUGUUAGUUUAUUUUUGUUUUUUGUUUUGUUUGUUUUUUUUUAUAGGGUAUCACACCAGUUAAGCAUAGGGCUUAUUUCUUCAUGGGGAGGUUUGAGGAAGUUUUGUCCGAUUUUAACUAAUUUUAAGCAAGAACGUCUGAAAAGGCAGCAGUUGACUGUUAGUUACCGCCAACGACAUGUAGUAUGAUUAUGUUAAUGAGUACUUGUUAACUGCAGAUGUUACCCCUCCUGUAUUCUUGAGCUGUCCGUCGGACAUCCCUGUAAGUCCCUCUAAAGCAACAACAGCAAACUGGAAAAUUCCUGUCGCCCAGGACAACAGUAACGAGGAUCCAGAGGUCACACUAUCUCUCCAGAUCACUCCACCUUACACUUUUACUAAGGACACUGUCAUUGUAUAUACUGCAAAGGAUGCUCGUGGUAACGCAAGAAAUUGUUCUUUUAAGCUUCUACUAGAAGGUGGGUAGAAAGAUAUCAGUAUGAUUUUUGCAUCUUACAGUCUGUGGUGCCUUUCUACCUUAAUGUGUGCUCCUGUUAAGUGAAAUGAAUGCAGGCGUUAGAAAACGUGGAAAGCGGCCUCUUCUCUCCUCCGCAGAAUUUUGAUGGAGUUUUUUUAUUUUAUUUCAGCUGGGCGAAGCGAACAUUUGCAGACGUGAAAAUCGAAUGAUCCACUCCCAAAUUUAGUUUUUCAGCACAUUAAGUUCUCUCAUACCGUAAAAAACCUUUAAGACUCUACCCAGAAGGUGGUGGACAGAAAAAAACAAUAAAAAUAAAAUAUAAAGUCUUCCAUCACGCACUUGGUCAUUUUUGUGUCUCGCGCGUUUCGCUCGCCACAGCAAGAAGAAAGAGAGACGUCUCGUAGUCUGGUUUAGGGAGCCGACUGUUAAAAAAAAAGUGGAGAAGCAACACGCGUUCACAAGUUUUGAUUUAAUAAACUCAAUCAACGGAAUGUCGAAAACAUAAACCAUCAUCGCUUACUUUUAAGGUUCUCAAUUAUUUUCAAGUCGAUGACACUGAUGUUGCAGUUUUUAAUGUUUUUUCCUUUUUCAGUCUUUCUUUCUUUUUUUCCCCAGACAAUGAAAGCCCUGUGGUCACGUACUGCCCUCCUGACCAAACCGUAACAGUACCUACGAGGAAAUCAGUAAUCACGUGGCCUAAUCCACAGUUUCGAGACAACAGUAAUGGUCCUUUAAAAGUCAAAUGCAGUCACCAAAGUGGAAGUGCGUUUUAUUGGGGAACUUGGAAAGUGCAGUGCACAGCCCACGAUAGUAAUCCAAAUAAUGAUCCUGCUCUGUGUCAGUUUGUUGUCACGCUCAAACGUAAGUGGUGUGUGACCCUGCUUCUUUUUGCUUAAAAGGAAAAGCUCGAUCUUUUCGGCGCUGCUAUACAGUCUCCAGUAUCAGCCAUGUGUAGAAGUGGAUAACAACAACAACAAAUACAUUUUGUUGAACUUCAACUGAUAUAAAUCCCCACUUAUCUAUUUUUCCACCGGCAAAUAGCCCGAUAGGAACUAAUAGAGGCCGGGGAAGGAAAGGUACAUUUACAUAACGAGAUUCUAGUAGAUGGAGUAAACAAAAUGAUAGCGAGAACACAAUAAUAAUUAAUAAAAAUUUAGAACAUAGACUAACGUAAUGUGCAAAACAACUUUAUGAGACGGAGGACUUCAACAUAUUUGUCUUCUGCCUGCAAGAAAUUUGAUAAGGCGGAGCAGGAUUCCAAAUUUGAGUACCGAUAUAGGCCCGAAAAUUCUUAUCGAACUGUAAAAGGAAAUACAUGUAGAGAAAAAUAAACCAGAAGUUAAACAAACAAACAAACAACAACAGCAAAAAAAAAAUACAUUCUUUAAUUUCUAACAUUAUUCUUUAGCCAUGCAUACGUUUUUCAACUCGCUAAGUCGGGAAAUUCAAAACAGUGAAAGUAUCAGUUUGUUUGGCAAAAGACUUAAAAAAUUCCUCCUUCCUUAGUUAAAUUGACUUUUUGUUGAGCUACACACCUUUUCUUUUCUUUUUUCUGUUUUUUCUUUUUUUUUCUUUAAAAAAUGAAUCCAAAUUUUCAUUCAGUACCCUUAACUUGCAUGGUUUACCCUAUAGUUCCAGGAAGCCUAUAGUUUAUAAGCCCCCGGCUUCUAUAUAGGCUUCCUUGCCUUUACCACAUUUAAUCUUGUAAAUAACUUAGUUGGAAUAUUGUAUAUUAUAUUUAAUGUAUUUCUGUAUACUGCUGUUGUAUUUCUGGUUAAUGGCAAAAUAAAAUGAAUGAAUGAAUGAAUGCAGGCCAGAAUUAACGCUUGUGUCACACAGCUAUACAUGUCAUAAUUUUCCGCUUUCUUGAAAGGUUUACAUGUGGACUGAUUUCCAUUUAUACUCUGCUUAGCCAAAGAAUGCCCAGACUUACCUCCUCCAAAAAAUGGAGCAAAGGCUUGUGACGACUGGAAUUUUGGGCGAAUGUGCAGUCCAUUGUGUAAUGACCAGUGGGAUUUUAGUCGACGUUUGCCAUUCGCACUUUGGAUCUGUGGCGGAACAGGAAAAUGGUUUCCACCAGGGCGCUGGCCCGACUGCUCAAGUAAGUUUCCGUGAAUCAGGAUAAGAACAAUGGAGUAUGAGUUCACGUAAAUAGCCUACACUUGAUGGGUUACACGAGAAUAAAAGGUCUAUUGCAACAGUUGUAUACAACAUUUGCACGGCAAGGUCUAAACCAAUUUAGGACAUGUUUCAACACUCUUUUUACAUUCUUUGAACACUUUGAAACACAAUAUCCUUUUAAGGUCUCAUUUGCUCGGUAUCGAAAAAAAGAUGAAACAGAUCCCGUCACCUUUAAAACGGGUUUUCCUAAAUCUGCAAUCCAACCAGUCACAACUUCUAAUAUCCACCAGUCACAAAGUGCCAUUCGCGAGGUUUUUGACAUUAAUUAUUCUCGUAUUGUACUCGGCGUUUCCCAUACUUUGCUCUUGGCCUCGUGCAGAGACGUCAGAGAUUGAAAUAAUCCUGUAAUAACCCCUCGCGGAGUGAAUACAUUGACAAUGACACAACCCUCGAGCAAUCAGAGCGCAAAUCUCUAUAUAAUCACUUUUGGUAAUUAUUCUUAUUGCCGAUAAUACAUGUUCAUGCGUUUAUGAGUUCCUUAUCGCCCUCUCAGAGACCAUUGCACGAAUCUCUCGAGGGAAAAAGAAUAAAAGUGGGCGAGCCACCUUUUCCUACAUUUGCAAACUGUAUACAUGAAAAACAAAACGUUGGUUCGGCUAGAAGGGUGACCGCGUCACCAUUUUUCGACAGUCGCAAUGAUCACACACCUGGCCAGACCAAAUUUGUUCGUAUGAAGACUUUAGCUCGCCCCUCCGGUAGAAGAAUAAAUAAUUCCGUGUUUACGACAAGGCCAGUGCAGGGUUUAUUUGCCUGUGAAGCACCUACACCAAUAUCUAACCCUUUAUUAACAUUGAACAUUUAUUUUUAGGAGUAUAUCGACCAAAUCAAGUCAGGAUGGAAAUAGAUCUGCAUUACUACAAGGGGGACUGCACAACAUUACAGGCGCAAAGGCAAACAAAGCAUAAUUUCAUUCAGAUGAUAAAAGGGUCCCCACUUUGGCAGAGUUGCCAAGAUCCCGUACUUGGUAAUAGAUGCACGACUGACAACACGAAAGUCACAUGUGCUCGGGUGCCAGCUAUUAACGGAAGAAAAAAACGAUCCUCUGGUAAGUUGCUUCUGGGUCAUGUUUGUACUUGAAAAGUCCUUUUUUAAGGUCAAACAAAAAACGCUAUAUUCAGGGAAGGGGCAAAACCUUUAAAUUGUACUUUUAUAUUCCGAUCGUCAACUGCAUCUUUAAACGACUCCUCUGGACUUCGAGGAAUAUUAAACAAAAACCAACAGAGGACGCUUCUUUUAAACGUUAUCAUGCAAGUAAACGCGGAAUGGUCUUACACGCUGGUGCCAUAAUCAUAAAAUCGGGAAUAAGAGUCGGAAAUAAGAGCGUUUUCUAACACGCUUUUUCUGGCCCUUAGUCUGCUCACAGCUCUUUUCAGUGUCGUCACACAACGCUAAAACGGUUAUGUAGCAGACCAUCUGGCCCUGAGGAGCCAGCAUGAUUUAAUUAGGUUUGGGCUUGGCCUAAAAAGGCACUUUAGAUCCAAGUCAAAUUGAGCCUCCAAUCCGUUAUUGCCUCCAUUUUUUCAAAUGAUUCCAAAGUUACCUCAGCGGAAGGUAUCAAAAGGUAUGUGUUGACGGUAAACCAUCUGAACCGCUUGGUAUUCACUCCGGUGUACUGCAGGGGAGUAUUCUUGGUCUUGCUCUUUUUCUGCUCUUCAUAAAUGAUCUAUCUCUAGUACUGAAGAACAAUAUUGGCAUUUAUGCCGAUGACUCGACCCUUUAUGCGUGUGCACCUGCCUUAUCUGAAGUCGAGGAGAAAAUUAGACCUGACAUUGACGCGGUAUCGAUGUGGGCAAAGGAAAAUAAAAUGAAAAUGCAUCCAGCAAAGACAAAGUACAGUAUAAUCUCGACAACGCAAAAAAUUGCAAAUUCAGCAAAAAAACCUCUUGACCUCUCCGUUGACGGCAUGCAACUCACUAAGGUUGAGUCAGAACGUUUCUUAGGAGUAUAUAUUGAUAGUCAUCUCACCAGGAACGAACACACUGACACACUGCGCCGAAAACUACUUCAAAGAUUUGCAAUUUUAGCAAAAGCUCGGUAAUAAAUAGCAACCAAAUAUCGAUUGCUUCUCUGCAAUGCAAGUAUCAAACUGCUCUUUACUUAUUGCUGUACUGUUUGGGGCAACUGUAGCCAAAGCAACUUAGAUGAACUGUUUAAUCUUCAAAAACGCUGCGCUAGAUUAAUUUUGGAUAGUCCUCGGGAUGCACGAUCGUAUGAUGAUUUCCAAAAGCUUAAGUGGCUACCGCUAGAUCAACUAUUCAAGCUCAAUAAACUCGGCCUUUUAAAGAACGUUAUUGAUGGUAGGGCACCGGAAUACUUAAUUACAACCUUGGACUCACUUCGGUUUGAACACAACUACUCUACCAGAACAAAAACAUUAUACCGCUUACCGAAACCCAGAACUGAAGCAAUGAGGAGAACAUUCUUUUAUUCCACUAUUAAAGAACUAAAUGCUCUUAACUUAGAACCAACCACCUCCUUUAGCUUAAUACGGUGGACAAUUUUAAAGUUAAAAAGUUAUUCUGAUGUUUAAAAAUCCGUGCUUUUUUAAAUAUCGUUGUAGAUUGGAUUCCCUUUUUUACCAAUGUAUUCACUUCCGUUUUUACAUCUCUCAAUUUUUUAAAUCUCUAGAAUUUUUAGGAACCUUUUAUUAUAAUCACUAUUUGCAAAUAGGCUUUUCAUCAUGAUUGUUGUAAUUUUAUUAUCAAUUCUGUUUUCAGAGGGCCACUAGGGAGAAUACUUUUUAUAGUAAUUGGUGUCACCCUCUUAAAAUAAAGGUUAUUAUUAAUCUGUUAUUGUCUUGUCAAUGGCCGCUCUCCCAUACAAUGUAAUGAAAACUUACGUGUAGCAUCCUGUUUCUUUGAUUGCACGAUGUCUUAGUCAAUGGAAGAACUCAACGACCACGACUGAUUCUCCAAACAACAAUCAAUUUUGAUAUGGUUGGUAAGUAGAUGUUCCUUUUAAUUUUUUCCAGUGCAUAGAUGUACGUGUUGCAUAGUUAAUGUACGCUCCUAAGACUCGUGACGAAGGCCUUGUAGAUUCACAUCAGGGGCACCCAACGAGAACAUAGUUCAAAACCACUUAAACAUAGCAUUGUUAAACGUAUUUUAGUAUUUAAACGGUAGAUAUAGGCAUAUUUUGAUCCCCUAAAAAUGUUUCAUCUGUUCGGAUUUCCUAACUGAAAGUCUAGUGAUCCAAAAAUUAUAGGGAUAAAAACUUAUCUUUUCGAAAAUUUCAGCCGGAAAAAAAGGCUCCCGAAAAUUCUAGGUGACCUCUUAAGGGUAAAAAUCCGUUAAAAAUGAGCAAUUAUAGCAUUUUUUGGGUGAUCGAAAAUCCUAGGAUAGGCAGGCAAGCAAGAAAUUUUACAACAAAUGUUCCGAAAAUUCUAGAUCUCUAAUGGUCUUUCGAACAGACAUUUUCUGACAAUGGACGUUGGGUGCCCCUGUCAAAUGUGAUGUUUAUUUUUCUUCACUGUAGAUGACUUCCCUUCCUUUAUGGCAAAAGCUUAUUAGAGAAUAAUCUUCAUUACCCUUGGCUCUAAAGCACAUUGAAUUAUAAAUAAUAUGCUUUACCCCUUUAAGUUGCUGGAAAACAUGCCACCUGAUUGCCUAUAGGGGGUGAUAAAUGGUCCAUUAAAACUUUUAACUGCUCGCAAAAUUUUACCUUUGCUCCAUUUGCUCGCAAAAUUUAAAUGAGUGCUCGCUUGCUCGUGCUCCCAAAAUGUUUGCAGUUGCUUGCAUGCUCUCUUUGUUGUCCGUAUUGCUCAAAAUUUUGUAAAUACUUCUUUGGGUUAAAGCAAAUGUAAUUCUGUAUGGUGCUUAAUUCCUAUAAUAUGGCUAUCAAGUUCAGUGGAAAUGCACUCGAUAAAUGACAACGAUAAAUAAUAAAUUAGCUAAUCCAGCUAUAUAUGGUUAUAUAUGGUUGUUCUUCUUGUGACCUUUGCUUUCUGAUCGGUACGAACUCGUGCGUGAUGAAGUGAAGCGAAAAUGUGACGUUAUUUGGCAUCAAACGCAACUGUAAUUGGUUAGAUCUCGAUAAGGUGUCACUCAAACUAGCUUCCAAGAACUUGGUGCGCUCUAAAUUAAAACCCUGUUUCAAAAUACUUUCUGUUUUAUUUUAAAGAAAAGGAUUUCCAUAUGGAUUGCUGCAAGCGGAAAAUAUAAGAAGUGCUCGCUGCUCGCGAGUUGUACUCUCUAAACUGCUCGCUGCUCGCAAAGCAAAUUUUUCAUCUCUGCUCGUGCUCGCAGAAAAAUCGCAGUGCUCAGCAUUCGUCACCCCUUACCUAGAGAAAUUCUGAUCUAGCCAAAUGCAUGUGUACACGGGUUACAACCCUCUUAGCAAUCUGCAUGCGCAGGAUCGCCCCACGUACUAGGGAAUCAGGAUUCCGAAAUUCGGGAAAUUUCGCUUAUGGAAUUUGGAAUCCGGCAAAGUUUUGCUUGUGGAAUGCGGAAUCCUUGGUAUACAAUACGUUAUAAGGAGAUGAUUUUAACCUUUUUUAAAUUUAAUGCAGUAUACUUUUCUUAUUUCUAUAUAUAUGGUAAGGCCACAGUAAAGAAAUGACUUUUGACGUCGGGCAUGUUGAUUUACAAAUUAUGAUUACAGUGUUUCUAGAUAACUUUGCUGGUGAAAUUAGCGCGGGGUGCUGUUAAUUGUUGGGCGGCGGAGCCGCGAAAAUUGGCGAACAAGGGAUUUUCCCUCGGAGCUCCGCCACUUGUGAAAAUCCCUCGUGGCUCUGGGAAGAGUCAGCAGUUUCGAUGAUAUGUCCUUAAAAUCUCUCCUUCAUAAGGGAAGAAAACGUAAACAUCUCGCAAUCCUAUCCUGCACUUCAUCUAUACUUUAUCCAACCUUACAGGCGCUUCAAAUGAAAUUAAACCCGUCUUUCAGGACUUCCCAAAAUAACCUACCUGCCACAUUGUCACCGAACCCCUGCCCCCCCUUUUCUGCAGUUUGUAAUAAAUGAAAGCCCUCUGAGUAGAUAUUUGUGAACGUCAAAUGGCCUAAAAUUAGCUCCACAUUCUCCAUUCUUCCGUUUUGUUCUUUUCACUCUUGCAGUACACAUCAAUGACAACAUCGGAGUAAAUGACACCAACGAAAACAAAAUUAAGGCAGGCCUGGUCGGCGUAAAUAUCGCUAAAAAGAUAGGCAGCGAGAUAAGGAAGGCAGUUGGUGAGGGAAGUUUAAGUUUCAAAGUCAAUGGCAACGUGCUUCUUCCCGAUAAAAAGUCACUGAAUAUUUCAGAACCUGAAAGAACCUGUGCAACAGGACAGGCCUACAGAGAAGGAUUUUGCGGUAAGCUUCUCAUACCAAUGGCGGAUCCAGACCUACAGAUAACGGGGGGGAGGGGGUGGUUGCGGUCGUCCAGAUCCUGAGAUAAGGGGGGGGGGGGGGGGCGGUCUCAACAAAACAAUUUUUUUUUCAGUCCUUCAUGCCUCAGUUUGGUCUAAAAAUAAGAGGGGGCCGGGUCCCCCGGGCCCCUUCCGUGGAUCCGCCACUGUAUACAAACAUCGUCUAAUAAUUUAGGAAAAUAGAAGAGUAAGAAAACUCGAUUACGGAAUAAUAUAAAAACAUUUUCGGUUUAAGCUCCACGCAAGGUGCUCGGUUUUCGACAAAGUUUGCAAACUAAAGAUGCAAAAAUGCCUUCAGGAUUGUUGCCAAAUUUAUUCCAUUUAUCUUGUUAUUUAUCUUGUUAUUUUAUUUUUUUUUAUAAUUUGCUUCCAUUCUUUCCUUCUAGAAAACUUAAUACAGCCAACGCUCGCCUUGCGGGCAUCUCGCUAUAUCGUACACCCCGAUAAUACGUACAGCUACUAAAUCUCAGGCAGAUAUAAAUUAAUUAUAGACGUUUGACUGAUACAAACUCCCCUCUAUUACUGGUUCUCGCUAAUGAGGGUACUAACUCAAGCUCCCUACAGUGUCCGUUAUGAAGAGAGUUGACUGUAUUUUCUUAAGUGAUAAAAGAUUUAGUCCAUGCAUACUUCUUCUUCACCAAGGCUUGUAAUAUUUUGAGUAAAUGCCUUGAACACUCCCAUAGAAACUUCGGCAUAUGUUUCUUCCUGUGCCAUAUUAAGAUAACUAACUCGUUCAAAUGGAUGAUUUUAAUUGUUAGUAAGCUGCACACCUGGAACAUACCUGAACAAAACCCUCGGUACAUGUGAAGACUGCCCUGUUGGAUCAUAUCAAGAAGAAGAGUCACAAGAAGCAUGCGUACCAUGUCCACCAAGAACGUCAACCGAGCAGUCCAGGACAGAUGACCUCUCUGGCUGUUUAGGUUAGAUAUAACCGUCAUAAUCAUUGCUGUCCUUAAAAAAAGCGCUAUCAAAGUCCUGACACACACACACAAACACACACACACACACAAAACAAAGAAACUGAACAAAUACAUUAAAACAUUAAAGAGACUAGCUAAUUAAUUAAAUUUUCAAGGCAACAUAUACAGGUAUUAUUGUCUAAGAUGGCUUUUGAGCUUAAUAAUCUUAAUUGUUUCUGGGCAAAGUGUUGUAUGUGCGAGCACAGUUUAUUCUAAAGCUUCCUUGGUACUAAGCUGUUUUCUGAAAAGGCCGGAAAGCAGCAAAUUACGGCUUUUGGUGUUGUAGCCAUGAACUUGGUGAGGGUGACUAAAUUCCGAAAGCAAGUAAAAUGAUGCAAUUCCAUGAACACGUUUAUAGACAGUAGGACGCACUUCAGAGAGAGCCUCUACGCGCUUGUAGGCUUGGCCAGCCAAGUGUCGACUUUACCUCGUCAGCCCUGAGAGAUUGACCUUCACAGGGGGCAAGUUUGUUUAGUUUAUCUACAGUCGGGGACAAAACUGUUGAAACAUUGUUAACUUCACAGAACAAAAGAAUCUACACCCCUCCCCUGUCCCCUCCAUUCAAAUUUAGAGUGUUUGUUGUUUUCUAAAGGUGGCUCGAACAGCGGCACAACAUUGCAUGGAGGGGAUGGGGGAAGAAGCUAGAUUUUCCCUUUUUGAAGUCAGGAGAAAGUCAUAAAGCCGUUUUAGGGCAAAGUGUCUCAACUCAUUUUGUCGCCGACUGUAGAUAAGAUUUGCUCCCAACCCCACAAAAGUAGUCCAACCAUGAAAAGACUAUAGGUUUGUAGACAAGUAGAUUCGGGAGGAACGAGAUCUUAUUGUCAGUAAUACUCUACAUGGUUCUUUGAAGAUAGGGUGUGGUCUAGGAGGACCCCAAGAAGUCAGUGUAAACCCUAUCUCAACGCAUACUUACAUUAUUGUGUAAUUUUGUUAUAACGGGCCAGCAAAACUCUUCAUACACUCUAGCUAAGGCUGAGGACAUGUCAAGGGUAAAUGGAGAAAAUAUAAAAUAAUUUUAUUAAAUGCAAAGGUAAAGUAAUAGAUGACAGAACAAAUGAUUAUUAUUAGAGCAAUUAUACUCUUUUUAGUCCUAAAUUAUCAUAUUUUUUUUGAAUUUAGCACUAAAAUUUUGAAGUCAAUAUUCUUUUCCGAUGGCCUUGAUUUUAACAGUUGCAGCUUACACUUAGCUUAGGAUAAUUUACGACUAGUUAAUUCCCACACUAACCCUUGAAAACGUACGCCCUAAAUUGUGCAGGAAUAUUCAGUCAAUAACUUUGUCACAUUUUCAACAAAGAUUUCCUGGUAACUUGACCUCUUUUGUGUACCUCUUCUAUUUUAUUUGAGUUAAAUUCAAUACAUAAAUUCACUACAUACACAAUUACUACUAGUGCUGCUGCUGCAUGCUCAGUACUUGCCUGGCUAGUAAUUAAUUUUUUCUUUUCCUUUUGAAAGCUGUUUGCAAAGCUGGGUCUUAUUCACCAACCGGACUGGAGCCUUGUUUCCCGUGUGAAAAGGGCUUCUAUCAAGAGAUGGAGGGGCAGCGUCUUUGUUUAAAUUGCAGUGUAGAUACAACAACUUCUGAAGAGGGAUCCACUAGUUCUAAGCAGUGCGGAGGUAUAUUGACUUUUCAACAACAGAAACAAUAAGACAGUAAACAAAUUAAAAUAAGUUUGGAAUAAGUUUGUUACAGCAGCAAUAUACCCUUCAACAGCAGUCCAGAUGUCAUCAGUUACUUUGAGUUCAGAUGACCUCUGACAAUGAAACUGUCACCUUAUUUUAAAAGCUAUAGCAGCAUUCCGAAAAUAAGAGGUGAUCAGACUGCGGUUUUUGCUAUAAAUCUACUAAAAGUUGCAAAAAGGUAAAGAAAAAAAGGUAAAGCGACCAUAUUUUACGUCGAUAACUCGUGACAGUAAUAAUAGCUGAUAAGUCUGAUAAACUUGAGGUUGACAGUGCGCUCCUUUUACCCCCCUCUAUCUAUCAAUGCUCCGUUUUAAGGGUAUUUUAAGAUAGUCAAAACUACACAGAAAGGAGAGAAGCUGAAACAAGGAUGUGGUGUCACUGGGGAUCGAACUCAGUCGGGACCUCACGCACCGAAGGCCGCGCACUAACCAAUUGUGGUAACUGUGUCUUGCUGUUAAGCCAAUUGUUUCCAACUGUUUCUGUUUGCAUUACCAAAUUAGGGAAUAUUCGGGAAAUCAAAUGAACUGAUUCCUCUUUUCACUAACAGAAGAUUAAUGAAAAAGAGAGUCAUGAAGUGUUAAACAUAUUGUUUUUCUUUUUUUCGCUUUUUUUUCUUUUUUCUUGCUCUCAAGUCCCCUGUCCUCCUGGUUGGUUCUCUCCAAAUGGUCUGGUUCCAUGUUCAUUGUGCGACAGGCGCUCUUUUCAGCCCCAAAGUGAGAGUCGCACGUGUGUCCCAUGCCCAGGAACAACUGUGACAACACAGUUUGGAUCGAAGAGGAGGCAGGAUUGUCAAGGUUAGCUGGAAAGGCUUACCUAAAUUGUACUUAUUCUACCGUGCGGCAGUUUAAUCCGCUUUCUACGUUGCUUUGUUAUACAUGAUUGUUAUAACACUUGUUUCAGUAUUUUUCGGUUCAUCAAAAUCAUCAGGUCUACAAGAAGCUUUGCCCAAUCUUAAACUUAAGCCUCCUGUCAAAAAGUUCGGUCAAUUUGUUCGCUUAAAGAAAGUAAUAAUCUUUUUUAACAUUUCACUAAAUCAUCUGAUAGGGGAUGGGAUAGUAUAUUAAAAAACAGCACUCAUUCAAGUCCCUAUAACAUCUGCACAAUUAAAGGAAAAGUCGGAUGUGCUUGUCCUCCUUGAUUUGACGGAUGCCCUUGACGCCGUAGAUCACGAUAUCUGGCAAUCUCGUGAUUAACACGCUUCGGGAUUUGUUGCAAACUUUUAGAGUGCUUCCGUUCUUAUGUAAAAGAUCGCAAACGGUUUGUCGAGAUUAACAAUCAACGAUCUUAUUUAAGAUGAUUAAAACAAUGAAGGCGCUUCUUAGGGAUAUGUUUUUUUUGGGGGGUGGGGUAGUGUAUUUACUAUAUAACAUCACCUCUAAAAGAUAUUACCAGACUACACGUCAUUGACGUUUUUAAUUUUGUGCAGAGCUCAAGCAAGUGUAUCUAGCUUGCAAAACGGCUUCAACUGAAGAAAUAUUUGUGUGCUUAGCUCCUGUCACGUGACGUUAUUCGGGGGAUGGUGGACAAUAUGUCGAAGAUUAUCAUUAAAAGUGACGCUAAUAAUUAAACGUAUCCACUUAUUAAGUACGCAGAAAGGCACUUUUAUCUAGGCGACUUAUUAUCAUAUGAAAAGAAAUGAGUAAGAACUUAAUUAGUAAUAUGAAGGAAUAAAAUUUUACUUACUAGGCACUUCCUAGGCCAAAACGAAGCUUCAUUCGUAACAUUAUAAAGCAAUCUGGUGGCCUUAACGCCUUCACACAGGAGGAAAGAACAUUUUCAGCGUCAGCGCCUUCCAGUAGACCAGCAAGGUCUUUAAAGCGAAUUACGCAGAUUUACAUUUUAUUUUACAAGUGUGGUCAUCUAAAGGUGUAAAAUUAAUACAUCUGAGGCAUUUUUCUUUGCCAUACUAGCUGUUUGAAGCUAGUCGAGCUAUGUUUAUCAUGAAUUUAAAAAAAUGCAUUUGAGGAAAAUUAGUUUAAACGACUAUUUCAAUGCCGUUUCGCAUUAUUUCCAUAUUUAUUUACUCUCGCGUUUAACGGCCGAUCGAUGUACGCACUCGUAUUCUUCUUCUUUGGUCGGGCUAGAUUUCUAGUCGCCGUUCUCGCUGCUGUGGACUUUCGGUGGUAAAACUUCCCCGGCGAGGAAUUCCAGCCACUUGCUGAAUGCAACGUUUUUAUACUUGCCGUUCUCUUUCAGUUUCGUGAGCAAUUGAUCGCGUGAUUCACCGAUAGUAAACACUGAGUGAAUAAAACAUAUCGUUCGCCCUUGAAUUCGUGUUACCUGGUAACCCUAAAGUGCACCUUGACGUCACACUACAUGACGUCAAGUGCGGAUACCCAAGAGAUAUAUACAUAAACUAUUGUGAACUAAGGCUUGAAAACCCACUGCAGAAACCUUGAACGAUCAAUUUAACUCAACGAUGGAUCAAAAAAGAUCGUGAUCAAUCGAAAAAGAUGAAAAUAGAAUUAAAGUCAAAAAGACUACUGCAAAGACUGAUCAAACAACGUGAAAAAGGUCGAGGUAUACAAUAUUUCGACUGACCAUUACCAAUCUUCAUCAGGUUUUUUAGGGAAAAAACACGAAAAUACGGAAUAUAUACUACACUAAAAUAAUAAACGGAAGUUACAUGGUAAAAAAGGUACUUUAAAAACGAACUCAAACAUUCAAAACGUUUUGAUCACUUGACUGAUGACGUAGUGUCCCUCUUUUGGUCAUGAAAAAAAAAAAAAUUUGGCCGGACAUUACUUUCCCGCAAAUUUUCUCUGCCGUGUGAUAAAAGGUUGACUCUCUACAGCCCUCGGCCUAGUCUCCCGAAUUUUUCACUCAUGUUCAUGAUUAAAUGGCGAACGUCAAUUGGUUAUUUUUAAAAAAUACUAUUUGUUUUUAACUCGUAAAUAAAAUCUAGUCACAGCAACAAAAAAGAACCUAAUCCGGAAAUAGUCACGUGACUGAUGACGUCAUUACCGUAGAUGUGACGUGGGAAGAUAUUUUAUUGCAAAUGUUAUCUUGUUGUGGUCUGACGGUCUUCUACGUAUAAAAUUGUCAAAUCGAGUCCGCCUGCACGUUUAGGGAUGGUUUGAGUUUUCUUAUAAAGAGCAUCUCAGGCGGAUUCGAUUCGCGCAAAGGUAUUCACUUAAAGAACUUGUGAUCCUUUGUUAUUAUGUUAAUUUGUGGAGGCUAUAGAAAUCAAAUCUUAGCAUUAUUUGUUCAUUUUGCCUUGAGAAUGGUGUCAUGAUGAUACCGAAACGUCGGCUUUUAACGUUAAUAUUCGCUUGCUUAUGUUUUAAGAAAUCGUUUUUGAUCAAGAAUAAAUAAUUUAGGAUUUAAACUCAAUAAUUUUUUUUUUUCGCUUCAGAAAUCGACAACUGCGGUUCCAGCCCAUGUAAGGGCAAUUUAACGUGUACAGAUCUCAUUGAUGACUUCUUGUGCACCUGUCAACCUGGAUAUACUGGCAAACAUUGCGAGACCAACAUUGACGACUGCUCAGACCUACCUUGUUUUAACGGUGGCACAUGCCAUGACAUGGUAAAUAACUAUUCGUGCUCUUGCGCACAAGGUUAGUAAAAAGUUUCUUUGGCCAUAUCUUUGUUUUGUUUUGUUUUGUUUUCCUUUCACUCAGUCUUGCUGGACCAGCUCUUUCUCUUAAAGGAGCGUGUGUUUACUAAGGUGUCUGCUUAGCAGAAAGCAAAUGUAUAACAAAAGAUGGCUUGUACCAAAGAUUGAGAUUUCUUUAACAAAAAAGCAUAUCAAACUCAGAGGUAAAAAUAGGUAUACGUUAUAUUAAAAGACAUUGGUAUGUGCAUGAUAGGGCUUGUUUAUUGUUUGUCUCACAUUAGUCACCUUAAAAUUUGCUAUUUAUCUCGACGUUUCGACCGCAUUCUGAUGGUCGCCAUCUCUAUAACUGGAAUACGUUCCUCUGAGUCGUUCUAGCCUGUGACCAGCCUCCACAGAGGGGUAAAAUGGCAAAACAAACAAACAAACAAGACAAAACAAUCGGUGAGCGAAGUGAGCCGAGCGGAAGUCUGGGAGGGGGAACGGCAAAAGCUCAGCUCGCUUCGCUCGUCUUUUCCCCUCACUGCGGAGCCUGGUUACAGGCUAAGUCCUUCAGUAAUCGAAACAAUGGAUAACACUUCUUACUAUCUCACAGGUUACCAGGGUAAGAACUGUGAGGAGAAUAUCGAUGACUGUGCAUCAGACCCUUGUCAGAAUGAGGGGACAUGUGUGGACUCAACUGGAACAUACGAUUGCAUUUGUCCUAGCGGUUUUUACGGCAACAAUUGCGAGGAAGAAGCUGACGAAUGUACAAAAUUAGGAUGUAAGAACAACGCAACCUGCAUUGUUAAAGACAACUGGUUUGACUGCAUUUGCCAGAAGGGUUUUGUUGGAAAGAAGUGCGAGUUCAACGUUGAGGAGUGUGACUCAAAUCCCUGCUUCAACGGAGCCAGGUUGCCAGAUUAUUCACUUGAUAUAUUGCCUCCCUUUAUAUCUGAUAUUUCAUUGGGUUAACUUUUUUCCGUUAAAGAUAGCGUGUUAUUGUGAUGUCAUUGAUAAUAAAGUAGUAACGUACAGUAUACGGGUAAUGACCGUCGGGGAGCGUCAGAAGCAUUGCUUAAUUUUCGUUCUUUCUUCUUCAGGUGCAUAGAUGGAAUAAAUGCAUUCCAAUGCGAAUGCAAAGAUGGAUUCGAUGGCCUUUACUGCGAAAAUAAGAUUGAUGAGUAGUGGUAUGAGCACCGAAUUAACCUUUUUUUUUAAUUAAUUAACUUUUUGAGUGGCAUAGAUUAACGCCGAUGACGUCAUAACCCUUUUGUCUUUAUAUCAUGAAUAAAAUGCGUAGAAAUCUCAUUUAGAUAAGGUCGUGUGCUAUGUUUAUUUGGUUUAACCAGUUACACAGGGUUUCUAAUUACUUUUAGGUUGAUAACUUUCUUCGUUUUCGAUUGAAACGUUCUAUUUGGUUAAUUCAUGGCGUCUGAGGAAUAAAGUCAAACUCGCCUGUGACUUCAAAUCACUGAGCC